AUGAAGUGGACGGGAUGCACGCUCAGGACUGCGAAAACCGCAUACAAGUUUGAAGAAUCAAUUUUGAGCUGUGGGAGGAUUUGCAGUCACACCGCUGUUGUGCUGGAGAGGUCUAUUGUUUUUGUAGAAAAGAGUGGCGAAAUCAUAAAGUACCCCACGGGGCAAAUAAAUAGCUGUGGCAUUUUAUCAAAUGGUGUCAUAUAUUCUGAAGAGAACAGCAAGCAUCUUAUCUAUAUAACCCACCCCUAUGAGACUGUGCACUCUUAUUCUAUUCAGAAUGUACCAUUUAAUAUUGUAUCGGCGGAUAAGGACAGAUUUGUACUUUUAUUUUACGCAGAAGGAAGAAACUAUCUAAAUGUAUAUAAGGGGACGCCGCCAGCGCCUGUUCUACUGUUUUCGUCACAGCAGGAAGAUGUUCUUGGUGUGUGGAUCAGAGGAACCCGACAUCUAGUGGCAGAGACAAAUAAAAUUAUUAUACGCAGUAUGCGCAGGCGAUCUAAUGAGUCAGAAAUAAAGCGGGUGGGGGAAUACAUACCUGUUUCUAAGAGAGUAGAGAGCGUUGUGCCUAUUAAGAUGAAGCGAGGGGCUUAUUUUUUAGUGAAUGGGCAGGAAGUGGUAAAUGAAUAUGGUCUUGUAAUUAAUCUAGCUGAACAUUCCAAUGAACAACAGCUGAAGUGCAUUACACAGAAGGCGCUUUCGCAGAUAGAGAUAAUUAAGCAGGGGAAAUAUAAUAUAAAAGAAGUCACUGACUUCAUUAAGUAUACAACAAAAGGGCAGCGGCUGUUUUCAUCUGUUUUGCCAUCAAAAAGCAUGCAUGGUGUGCUUAGAUCAUAUACUUCAUCUUUAGACAGCUCUCUUGAUAAUUUACUUUCACAGGAAAUUUCACUGCUAUCAAAAAGACAGAUAAAAAAGAUUUCUGUGCAUUUGGAGGGUGUGGUGCAUCUUAUAAAAUCUGUAGAUGGCAUUAAAACCCCUCUUUUUGGUGAAAUUGCAGAGAGAAUUAAAAAAUCCAAUCGAAAAAUGGCAUAUCUUUUCAGAAUGCUCAGCUCUGCUUCUAUCCCAGACAAGGCGCUUAUAUAUGAGCUAUUUUCUUAUGAUGAAAGAUUUCUGCAUAGGUCAAAAAAUCUAGGAUAUGUGCUUAUACAGAGCGACCAAAGUUCUGUAAAGAAAAAAGAAGCAUCUGUAACAGGGGAAAACAUUGCACAUACUCUAGACGACCCAGAGCACAUUCAAAGUGUGCCAAACCGCCUGUGCAACACUGGGAUAAUAGAAGAGUGCAAGCGGCUUCUCUCGGGCCACCAGAUAGGAGACUUUCUAUUUGAUGUAUAUGACACAGAGAACAGGCGAAAGAAAGCAUUUGUCUUCUCAACAAUUGCCUCUGUUGGUAGAGGCGUCUUUCUUUUAAAUCGCAACAGCCAGAUCAAUGUGUUUCAGGUUCCUCAAAUGAAAGUCUUCUUGAAAAAGAACAACCACGUGGUUACUAUUACAGACCUGACUGAAUGGGACAGCAUGUGGCCUUCCUUCCAUUUUGCUGUGGCAACUGCUCUGUCAAUUCCAAAUAGGCCAUUUAUAUCAACAAGCCACAUUGAUGUGAUGUCGCCAACUAUGCUAAUGUCACUGGCUGGUGCAAUAUUUGGAUUUGGCCUGAAAACAUCUGUGUGCCAGAGCAACCUGUCAAUUGGAGAAAAGCUGAAUCUGUCUCGGUCUCUUAUUCUCUCGCUGUCAAAGAGUCAUGACACUCUUCUAAUUGCAGCUACCAUCCUAGGGAACUCCUUUAUUAUAAAAGGCACGGGAAACAAGGACCAUGCCGCCAUUAUAUGGUUUAAUAUGCGGCUGUCCACAUCUCCUGGGCAUCUUUUAAUGUGGAGUGUACUUUCCCUUGGAAUAUUGUACAUAGGGCAAGACGACUUAUUUGCAAAAAAGUCUCUUAUAGAGUAUAUGCAAAGGCGGGGUGUGAUAGUCUCAAAGAACAAUGACCCAAUGUCUAAAAAAGAGUACUAUGACAAGUACCACCGGGUGGCCGCAGCAUUUUCCUUUGCAUAUAUAACACUUGGAUCGCAUCUCCGGGAGUACAUUAGACUUCCUGAUCGAACAUGUGAAAUUAUUGUUAAUGGGUUGGUGCACAUGCGAAGCGGCUGGGAGAAAAUAUCAAGUCUGCUUGAAGAGAUUCCAGCGCACUCUAUUCCUCUAAACCGAUUUUACUCUUCGCUCAUGAUAGUUCUAGUGCUUGGCACUAUUGAUGGGUAUGAAAAGACUUUUUCCGAUGCUGUUGCAGAGGAUAUAAGUGUAGAAGAGGCAUAUAGUAUUGCUGGAAAAAUCUUUGGGUAUGGGCUUCUUUUAAUCCCAGAGGAAAGUACAAAGCCGUCUGCGCAGUUUCUUGACGGGAUUACAAAUCUGCUGUACCGCCUAGAAAGCAGCUGUACACACUCUAUUCUACUGGACUAUAGUCUUCUUGCAUCUUGUUUGCUUCUUAAUGCCUCUGGCGACCUUUGUCUUCUGAGCAUUUGCCAGCGACUGCUUGAUUCUGUAAAGUGUGUAGAUUCCCUAGCAAAAAUAACUGACUUUUGUCCAUUUUCUGGGAUAUACAGAGAGCAGUAUGGUAUGCGCUAUGGGAGAAUUCAGCACAUAAAAAUGUGUCUGUCGAUCCUUGCGCCUGGGUGCGGAUCUAUGCGGCUUUCUUCUUCCCAAGAGUCAAUUGCAUUCCUAGUAACUAGCUUUUAUCCAGAGUUUCCGCUCACCCCAGAGGACCAGGAUGCAUUCCAGGUAAUCAGACACUUCUAUCUGCUCUCUUUAGCUCCGGUUGAUGCUAGAGAUACAUGCUUUGUGAAUGAGGUGCUUCCUGCAGAUAUUGAGAAUGACCUGCUGACUUCCUCGCCUGUAGACAAAAAGGCCGCUGUAGACAUUAUAACCUCAUACUUUGAGAAAAACAAGAUUAAAGCAUUUGAUUCAACAUACAUAGAGGCACUUAUAGCACAUCUCUAUUCUGGAUUGUUAUAG